GUGUCUGAGGUGUUCUUCAGCAUGUUGUGGCUCUGUGUCUGACAUGUUCCUCUCUGCAGCGGCAGGCUUCCUGAGCUGCUCCUUCGAUGACGGUCUGUGUGGCUGGAUACGAGACAGAGACGGAGACCUGCACUGGGAGACCACAGACGACCCCUCUGGUGGGCGGUACCUGACCAUCCCAGAGGCGGGGGAGAAGAGGCGGAGCGGGCGUGGCGCUCGGCUGGUCCUGCCCCUGGCCGCGCCCUGGAACGACGGCAACCUGUGUCUGGCGUUCAGGAACAAGAUGGCAGGUCACCACGUGGGGGUGCUGCAGGUGUUCGUGAAGAAGGGGAAGAGGUACAGCCCGGCCGUGUGGGGGCGCACAGGGGGCAGCGGCUGGAGACACACCCAGAUCACCCUCUGGGGAGCGGGCCUGGAGAGCGUCAUCCUGAAGGGGGAGCGCGGGCGGGGCAGGAGUGGAGAGAUGGCGGUGGAUGACAUCACGCUGACGAAAGGCUCCUGCACUGAGGAGCACAAUCUGAGGAGACACUGACACUAACCCCAACCUGCCCCCCCAGACACCCUGCCCCCCAGACACCCCCUGCCCCCCAGACACCCUGCCCCCCCAGACACCCUGCCCCCCACCUACCCCUGCCCCCCCAGACACCCUGCCCCCCACCUACACUUGCCCCUUACCUACCCCUGACCCUCACCCAAUCUCCAACCCACCCAGACGUCCAACCACCCACCCACUCCGCCUGCCCCCCAACACUUCCCCAACAUGUCCUUGUCUCUCUCAUCACCCAGCUUGUCCUCACACAAAUAACCAGCCCUGGUAACCGUGGAAACCCUGCCCUGCAAGAACAGCUAAUCCAGGGCCAUGGCCGUCCAAUGACCUCACUCCUUUUUUCUGAAUGUGGCUGAGAGGGAGGGGGAGGGGGGAGGGGGGUGGAGAGGGAG